AUGAACAGUUCAAGCUCGGCAGUUACACAGAACAACAGAACAUAUGAGUGCCCAGUUUGUGAGAAAGAAUAUUCAAACAAGGUUGUGUUUGGUAAUCACAUCAACAGAGCACAUAACGGAUCUAUCGUUCAACAUGACGAUAACUGGCCACCACCGUCGCUACUUGGCACUGUUAUCCCAGUUGAUAAACCGUUGGGCUUAUCGACAUCUGCUCCCGCAAAUCUUAACCCCGCAUUUGUCAGUUGCGCGGUCAUCGACGAACGCAGUGGCGAUAAAUCACCGCCACAGGCGAACGAUGCCGACUAUGAUUGCUCCUCUCUCGAUAUUGCGAUAUUCGCUGACGGAAAACAGUAUCUGCAUGCUACUAAUGACUUCCAUGAAGAAGAUAACGCGGAGCAAGGGAGACCGUGGAGUGGAAAUUCAGAACGUGGUGAAGUGGCCUGCGGGGUUUACAACUACUACGCCUCGUUCAGAGACGCAUCCGAGAAGUUAUAUCCAAGCGUACCCCCAUCCUUCCGUUCUUUGAAAGACCUCGAUCCAGCAGUAAAGGCUGUACUGGAGUAUUGCACAGCUGCCCACCUGACCCUGAGUGAAUCGCGGUGUUUGUUUAAUCUCCUGGCAUUUCUAGAAUCAAGUUACCCAAACGCCCAGAGGAAACUCUCCAUUCAGUUCGACAACGCGGAUCGGUUUUCAACCUACCUUGACAAAGCAAAGAAGCACAUAGUCGCACUUGAGGGCUGGAGGACGUCCGUCAUACAUUCUGACCACGGUAUCAACAAGACGGGCGUAUUUCGACCAGUUUUCGACUUAUUGAUAUAGGAGAUUAAAGAAGCAGGGGGAAUUGAUUCAGUUUUGCCAUUUGAGGAAGACUGUACGACAGGUGUGAGGCGGUUCUCAGCACCAUGGAAUUCGAAAGCAAUGGAGGACUACACCAAAGAAGUAAGCAGUGAUUCAAGAAUUCUUAUGAUAGAUAUCUACAGCGACGGCACUACGUUAAGUAGCUCAGGCACGCAAAGUGCCAACAACAUGAGGGUGAGAUUCGCUAAUUUGACGUACAGACGUCUGGCACGAGGUUGGAAUUGUCCCGACUCCGAAGUUUGGCAACAUAGAGAAGCGGCCGUCUGAUGACGCUGUAAAAAAGGAAAAAGUUCAGCUGUGGCAUCGCUUCACGUUUCUGGUAUUGAGGGAAGCACUGUUGAGGUCUCAUGCCGGUACUACUGUUGAUGGUGUCAAGGUUUUCCCCCGAUUGGGUAUGAACGUCGCCGACCAAGUGCAGGAGAGGCCGACGUGUGGUCUGAAAGGACAUGACAGCUUUUGUGAUUGUACGCACUGCACAAUGCCUUCCCGAUUGAAAAAGCGAAAGCGAGCUUUCCAAGCACCACUAGACGAAUCUAGAACAGAAAGUGAACAACAAUCUGCAACAUCCUUUCUAUCUUAUAAUGAAAGUGAGACUUUCAUACGUGAAUCUGAGAGCGCAGCCACAUGUGAAAAUAUCUGGACAACCCAGACUGCUCCCACGUCCUAUCCGGGACGAGAUGUCUACAGAACUGUGACAAACCAGCUAUUGCUUGCCAAAAACCGUUCAAUACAGAGAGACGUAUCGUCUGUUCCACUCCUGAAAGAGGCAACAGAGUAUCUUUGCAAUGUGAGCGCACUUGCCUUUCCACCCGUUCUUGCCGCUUUUGCGGGGGCUGGGUCGAAUCCAUUCCGGUUGUACGCUUCCGUCGCAUUCGAUAAGCUCCAUGUGAUAGAGCACGGGAUACUAAGACAGGUCACGGACGACGCAUUCAACGUAUUUGACUCGGCACCGCAAUACAACGGCAUGACAAAGGGAAAAAUUGUCUCCAUUGCCCAUCAAAGAGUACAGGACCUACCGAGAUCAUGCCAGCUACCGAGGAUUGAGCCUUUUAGAAAGCGAGCGAAUGAAAGACAUGCGGGUGUUACCGGAAAAAUACGGCGUGAGAUGGCUCCCUUUCUGUGGUAUUCUGUGAUGGGUAUUCCGCAAAGUAUUAAUCCGGAUGACGACCCUUUCGUGCAGUUGCUUCUCAUGAUAGACUUUUUGCAACGCAAACUUCUUGGUACUAACCAGAAGCCUGAAGUUGCCAGCAAGACGAGGGAAGAUAUCAGUGACAUAGCAAGGCUGGGAUAUGAAGUUGGAAAAAAGGCAGCGACUGUACGGAAUUGUGCAGUAAACACAAAGUUACACAGAAUAAUGAGGCACAUAUCAGACCACAACCUGGAUUUCGGAUGUUUUAGGAAAGGGGCCACUGACGGCAAUGAGACACUUCACAAAGCAACAAAGUUAGCGUAUCGCUCGACAAACAAGCAGCUGUCUAAAAUUGCCCCCCAA